AGACCCUACACAGUGAAACAAGUACCGUUGCUUUUGUCUGAUUCUGAAAAGCAAGAAAACAAGAAGAAGUAGCUUCACUCUCUCCACAGCAGUGAGAACAAUGGCAAGAAGAGGGUUUUGGUUCAUCUUAGUUGUUGCAUCUGUUUUGCUUAUGCUUCUUGAUUGUUGCCAUGGAAGUUUUGUUGGAAUUUGCUAUGGAAGAAAUGCUGAUGACCUACCUCCACCUGAUAAGGUAUCACAGUUGGUUCAAGAUCACAAAAUCAAAUAUGUCAGAAUCUAUGAUUCUAACAUACAAGUUCUAAAGUCCUUUGCAAACACCGGUGUCGAACUUAUGAUUGGAAUUCCAAAUCUAGAUUUGCUUCCAUUCUCACAGUUCCAAACUAAUGCCGACACUUGGCUGAGAAAUAGCGUCCUUCCUUACUAUCCAGCCACUAAAAUCACAUACAUAACUGUCGGCGCUGAAGUCACAGAAAGUCCUGAAAAUAUUUCCACAUUGGUCGUACCAGCCAUGACUAAUGUCCUUGCGGCACUCAAGAAAGCUGGACUUCAUAAGAAGAUAAAAGUUUCAAGUACGCAUUCCCUUGGUGUUUUGUCUCGAUCAUUCCCUCCUUCCGCCGGUGCUUUCAAUAGCAAGCAUGCUCAUUUCCUAAAGCCGCUUCUAGAAUUUCUUGCGGAAAAUCAGUCACCUUUUAUGAUUGAUCUAUAUCCUUAUUAUGCGUACAGAGACUCCUCGAACAAGGUGCCGUUGGACUAUGCAUUGUUCGAGUCGUCCUCCGAAGUUAUUGAUCCAAACACCGGUUUGCUGUAUACAAACAUGUUUGAUGCUCAGAUUGAUGCAAUUUAUUUUGCGUUGUCCGGGUUGAAUUUCAAAACAAUUAAAGUGAUGGUAACCGAAACAGGUUGGCCUUCGAAAGGUUCGCCCAAGGAGACAGCAGCUACUCCUGAUAAUGCACAAACAUAUAAUACCAAUUUGAUAAGACAUGUUAUCAAUGAAACUGGUACGCCUGCAAAGCCGGGAGAAGAGCUAGAUGUCUACCUUUUUUCGUUGUUUAACGAAAAUAGGAAGCCGGGUUUGGAAUCAGAGAGGAACUGGGGAUUAUUUUAUCCGGACCAAACAAGUGUGUAUAGCCUAGAUUUCACGGGACGAGGUCCGGUUGACAUGACCGCGGAUGCAAAUGCAACUAGUUCAAAUGGAACAACAUGGUGCAUUGCAUCAAGUAAAGCCACACAAAUGGAUUUACAGAAUGCGAUAAAUUGGGCUUGUGGCACUUCUGGCAAUGUGGACUGUACUGCUAUCCAACCUAGUCAGCCUUGUUUUCAGCCGGAUAACCUUGUUUCACAUGCAUCGUACGCUUUUAAUAGCUAUUACCAGCAAAAUGGUGCUUCUGCUGUUGCCUGUAGUUUUGGAGGGACUGGCGUAAUAGUUGAUAAGGAUCCAACCUACGACAACUGCAUCUACACGAGAACUGGAACAAACCAAACUUUGGCAAGUAAUAAUAAUACAACAGCCGCCAUAUCUUCAACUCCGUCCUCCUCAGACAAAGAAGUUUACACAUCGAUCUCUACUAGUGCUCUUCUUUUAACCUUCAUCCUCUUUCUUUUGGAUCUCGUAUGAGCCUAACGAGCUCUGUCGACGGCCAAAAAAAGAGGGCAAGCUUUCAAUUGUUGAAAAGGCGACAUGAUUAAUUUUUUUUACCAUGUUGAGGUAUAUGCUGCUAUUGGCAUGAAGGACAAGUAAUGAUUUUAGAAGCUUUUUUAGUAGUGCAUUAGACAAAUGUAAAUUUCUAUGAAAUGAAACUCAACUACUGUAUGGAGCAAUCUAUCUCCUAGUUUUGUAUUCCAAGUGAUAGGCCAAAACAGCAUGAUGACCAAUAUUCUGUGGUUUAGUUUUGUAAGUGUUGCUGCAACUUUUGAAUGUGGAAGUUUAGGUACAGUCUCAUGAGUUUCAUUUCAUGUAGGGGGAAUGUUUAACAUUGGAUUCAUAUUUUCUAAAUUAUCAAUGCAUAUUUCAUUAGUGAAAAA